AUGGCAUUCUACCUUCUCCCUUCUCUUCUGCUAUUAAUGGCCAAAGCUAGUGCUCAGCCUAACUUCAUUUCUCAUUUCUGCAUAUACAACACUGGUAACUUCACAGCCAACAGUACCUUCAAGGCCAACCUUGACCAUGUCCUCUCCUCCAUCACCACCAACAAAAGCCUCAGCUACGGCUUUUACAGAUUUUCUUAUGGACAAAGCUCAGACAUAGCCAAUGCUGUUGGUCUUUGUCGACCAGAUAUUACACCCGACGCUUGUCAAAGCUGCCUCAUGGACUCUGUUUGUCUCCUCGGAAAGCACUGUUCUAACCAAAAAGAAGCAAUUGGAUGGUAUGAAAAUUGCUCCUUGCACUACUCAAGUACAUCCUUGUCCAAUCAAAUGUAUAUUAGCCCAAUGUUCAGGACUCAGUCGACAAAAAACGCAACGAACACAGAUCAGUUCAUUCGAAGGCUAAGAAUCUUGUUGAAUAGUCUGAAAAACAAAGCCUCUUUAGGUGGUCCUCUACACAAAUAUGCAACUGGAAAUAUGUCAAGUUCAGAGCUGGAAACAACCCACGCCCUCGUCCAAUGCCUGCCUGAUUUAACUCCACGACAAUGUGAUGAUUGCUUAUCUUCCAGUUUCAAGAAACUCCCAAGUUUUAGUAGCCAAUCUGCUGGGAUUUUUACCCCCAGCUGUAUGGUGAAUUAUAAACCAAACCGCUUCUUUGAUUCUGUAACUGAUGAUGGGCCGACUCCGCCACUGACCGCGAUAUCUACUCCCUCGUCGACAGUUCACGAAUCCCGUGCAGUAGGGAAAAAGAAUGUGAAGAACAGAGUUCAUAUUGUGAUCAUAAUGGUUUUAUCAGUAGUUUCUUGCUGGGUUUUGAUAAUCUGCAUCUACAUGUUUCUGAAAUCCAGGAAGAUUGAGGAGAGAGUUGAGAGUAAUUAA